UCACGCAUUUACGCACACGUCUCGGCUGGUGCACAGGACACAGCAGGGGUUUUAUCACGACUUAUCGCUUCAAUAAGUCUCUAAUAAGGACCCCGCUCUGCCUAAAUAAAGGUGAAAUAAAUUAGCCAGACAGCAAAAUAAAUAAUAGUAAUCCGUCACUUACUAUGGGGGAUACGAAAAUAACUCCAGAGGCCCUGCAAGAGCUACUUUACCGUUACAAUUUAACGCGUCAGGAGUUUAUUGAAAUCUACAAAAUCCAACCGCUGGUUUAUACGCCUGAGCUUCCACCUGGAGCCAAGACAGCGUUCGUGAUUGUGUACGCGGUUAUUUUCUUGCUGGCACUACUUGGAAAUAGUUUGGUUGUUUACAUCGUGGUGAGAAAGCGGGGAAUCCAAACUGCCACGAACAUCUUCAUUUGUUCUCUAGCAGUGAGCGACCUCCUGAUUUCAUUCUUCUGCAUCCCCUUCACUUUACUGCAGAACAUCUCAUCCGAGUGGCUGGGAGGUGUUCUAGUGUGCAAGACCAUACCCUUUGUCCAGACGACAGCAGUGGUGACAGGUAUACUCACCAUGGCGUGCAUCGCUCUGGAGAGGUACCAAGGCAUCGUCCAUCCACUCAGCAUGAAGAGACAGUACACACCACAGAGAGCCUACAGGAUGCUGGGAGUUGUUUGGCUUGCAUCCAUGAUUGUUGGAUCUCCCAUGUUGUUGGUGCAACAGUUAGAGGUGAAGUAUGACUUCCUAUACGACCUACACCAUGUGUGCUGCCAGGAGCGUUGGCGCUCGGCCUCACACAGACAGCUGUAUGCCACCUUCAUCCUGGUAGUUCUGUUCCUCCUGCCCCUGGCGGCCAUGUUGAUCCUCUACACACGGAUAGGGAUCGAACUGUGGAUCCGCAAGAGGGUGGGCGACUCCUCUGUACUUAACACCAUGAACCAGGGAGAGGUGGGAAAGAUCUCCAGAAGGAAGAGGAGAGCCAUCAAGAUGAUGAUUACCAUUGUGGUGCUAUUCACUGUGUGCUGGGCCCCAUUCCACACCGUCCACAUGCUCUCUGACUACAAUUACCUGGACGAGCAGUUCAACGACAUCACGGUGAACAUGAUCAUGGCCAUCGCCCAGGCCAUCGGUUUCUCCAACUCCUUCAACAACCCUAUCGUCUACGCCUUCAUGAAUGAGAACUUCCAGAAGAAAUGUGUGUCCACCUUCUCCCAGUGCUGCCGACGGCCAAACCAGAGGGUUGGAGCUCUAGACGUCACCAGUAGAUCCAAACUACAUGUCCGUUUUACCCGACCGAGGGACAGACAAGAGGCGGCCAUCUUGGAAGACAUGUCCAUCGUACAGGCCACCAGAACACAGAUUGUUGGGAUUGAGAAUGGUGCCUCACAGCUAAAUACAGCGUCAUCCUAUGCGGAGGAGAAGAUCUUGUUUGUGACCUGUGAGCCACAGACAUGA